GCCGGCGUGGGGCGGCGGGUCGGGGCUGGGGCUGAGGCCUUCGGGCAGAGCUGAGGCCUGUGAGGGGCUGGUGUAUACCCUCAGUGCAAAACACAGAAUGAAUUCUUCAGAUACGAAGUAUAUUUCAGUUUCUUCUCCACCCACUUGCAACAUGAAUAAAACCCAUGUUCCUCAAAACAUACUCAUGCAACCAGAUUUCCACCCUGCAAAUUGGAAAAGGCCAUCUGUAAGCGAAGGGGACUUUGCCUCAAGUCUGCACAACUCCCAAGAGUCAGACUCUGAAAGCCUUGUUCAGGAGAGACAGUAUCAGUUAGAACUCCAGCAGCGGAUUCGUGAAAAUGAAGAGCUGGUAGGACUGUGUUCUGAUGAGUUGGAGAAUGACAGCUUAGAAGAUAGCUUGGAGGAGAUGAGUUUAAAAGAACAAGAAGGAGCUGAGUAUGACACAAAUCGAUAUACAAAUGGAAUACAAAAGAAUGAUGGUAAUGGAAGGAAACAACAGUCUGUGGACAAAUAUUUCAGCCUAAGGUACAAUCCUAAUUGGAAGAACACAAAAGAGGUAGCAGAAUUUUGUGAGGCAGAAAAAGCAUGCCAAGUUGCUGGAGGAAGCAGUGUGGACUUUUCACAAGAUUCAUUUUAUCUCCAUUCCAAUGGCUCCCCAGAAGAAAAGAAUCAACAGGAGGCAAAGUCACAAGAUUCAUUCUCGGAGUUUGGUACAGAACUACUAAGACGUCAUGAACCAAAUGCGACGGUCGGCAACGAACCUUUUAGGCUGCAUACCAAAAGGAAGGAAUCUGCAGACGGCUGUCAUUUCAAAGCUAGUCCCAGUACAUAUGGCAGUGCUUUUUCUCUUCAGAUUCAAGAACAUCGACCACAAAGAGCAAAAAAAGACUUUGUCAAAAAAAAUAAACGGACUUUAGGAUUACAUUCAGAGAAGAUAAAUUCCUAUCUUCAAUUACACAGUAAAAAGCAAGAAGUACUUCAUCAAGAGCCAGUUACAGAUCCUAAAACUGUUGAUGAAGAACCAGCUCAGAGUGUGCUACCAUUCCAGAUUGUGAAAAUGGAGCCUGAAGACAAAUGGUACCUGAAAGCGCAGCAGCUCAAGGAUCACCAAAAUAAGUCCUCCCAGAGAAACAAAAUAAAAUCCAACCAGAGUCUGAAAGGGAGAGCUUUCCCAAGGAAUGAUAGCCAACAACCACCAGGAAGACCAGCAGAACCAAAGUCUUGGCACCACAGGCACCACCAAAUAUCAGAAUUUCAGACUGUUCCCAUGCAGGCAGUGGAGCAAGACAGCAGCAGCACACUGCAGAAAUGGCUGUAUCCAAGUCCUUCUGUUGGCCCUGACACUAAUACAGCAGCAAAUUCAGAUGCUUGCUUAAGCAAUUUCCCAAAUUCAAUACAUUUUGUUAAUCAGGAUUUUACCACAUCUACCUAUCCUUUUCAUCCAACAAUACAUAAAUUUAACCCAGCAGAAGUUGUAUCUCCAGCAUAUACCAACAAAGAGAACAAGAAAUACCAGUAUGAUUCUCCAAAUGGACUUCCACAUGACCAGAAACAUUUAUACAACCAUGUCACUGUGCAGCUUUUUGCAGGAGAUAACAGUACCAAUGGUCAAGCACAUCCACAUCAGAGGAAUAUUUCAUCUACUUUUAAUGUGAAUUUUCAAGAAUUGGUGAAGGAUCAAGGAUCACUUCAGGAUUGCAAAAGACACAUUUAUGUGGAUAAAAGGCCUUCUCAAUCUUCAGUUCACAGUUCACCAACAGCCCCUUGUACAACCUCCCAAUUUACACAAACAACGGAGCGACAUCACCAAGAAAUCACUCGUUUGACAGAAGCUCACUUAGCUGACAAGCACUUGUUCAGCCUACUUCCACCUAUAAUCCCACAGGUAGAAGGUGGUUCAGAGGUAGAUCCAGAGAGCGGUGAAGGAAAUCAAGUGAAAAUAAGCCGAAGCAACUCAGAAGGAUAUCUCAUGCAAAUGGAAAAGCAAAACCAGCCUAAAGUCAGCAAGAAGCCAUGUAGCUCAAAAGCCUACAUAAAUCUGAAUGUGAAGUUUGGAGGCCUUGGACCUGACUAUGAAGCAAUCAAAGAGAAAAAAGAGAAGUUAAAGCAACAAAAGGAAUAUGCCAAGCAAAUUAAGGAACACAAUAUGAAAAGCAUUGCUUCUGUUCAGAGGUUACCUACAAAACCCCAGGUCAUAUCUUCAGUGUCAAGACAGAAGGCUCUGGAAUAUGCUAAGACGAUUCCUAGACCAAAGACUUUCACGGCAAGACAAUCAGAUGAAGAGGUGAAAGAGGAACGAGUUCUGCCACAGACUUUAAAUGGCGACAGUUUACCUCAAAUUGCAUCCUUGGAAACUUUGCAAAAUAGACACGAGAAGGAGAAGCAAGUUGUAGCUGCUUUCAGAACCCUUCAUAUCUUAUAAGUAUUUUGAAAUUAUUAGGGAUAUCUUCAAGGCAAAAAUGUCUGAACUCUUUAAUUAUGAGCUAUGACCAUCACAUCUUGAUUUACCAUUCCAUAAAGUGGCUUAAGUUUAAUCAUUGUUAAAUUUUAGAAUCAGUUCUAUUAUGCCUAAUUUUAAAAAAUGUAAACAGUUGCAUAUGUAGCAUUUUAAAUAUGGUCAUCUCUGUUGUUAUUUUUCUUUGAAAUCAACUGAUCUAGCAGUUGCAUCUUUCAGACUAAUCAGCUGUUGGCUUGCCACAGCUGGAUCAUUUUUAGACAUGUCAAACAUAUGGGCAUAUCUACAAAACACUAAAAAUAAACAUCAGUUUCAUUUGAUGAUCUCAA